CAACCAAUAAGUGUAGGUGUUGUGACAACUUGUGAUCCUUGUUUGCUGCUGGCGUUCAAGUUGCUUUGGUUUUAUGUGUCAAAUGUGCCUUGCAAAUUCGAAUAUAUACAACUUAUUAGACUUUAUAUUACAAGAAGUUCCAAGUUCUUCUGUGACACCUCCAAACCGACUCUUGCUUAUGGUGACACGCCGUCGAGUGACAGAAACUGUUAGAGGUCUGGUGGAAAGCAGCUCUGCGUGCAGCGCUUAUGACAACUGAGAUCCUGUCAUGGAGCCCCCUCUCUCAGCCCCAUAUGGCAUCCAGAUCAGCGAUAUCACGUGUGACUCAUUUCGAUUGUCCUGGGAGAUGCCACCAUAUGAUGUCCAGAGAGUAACUCACUACUUCAUAGACCUAAACAAGAAAGGAGGGCAGAAAGAGAACAAAUUCAAACACAGGGAUGUGCCCACCAAACUAGUUGCAAAGGCAGUGGCUCUACCAAUGGUGGUUCGUGGUCACUGGUUCCUGAGCCCACGAACAGAUUACACUCUGGCCGUGCAGACUGCAGUGAAACGCAGUGAUGGAGAGUACACCGUAUCUGGUUGGAGCGAAACACACAGCUUCUGCACAGGGGCUUAUGCAAUGGAGCAGGUGAGACAGCUACAGGAAAAGGCAGAGGGGAUCGCUGGACGCAUGUUACCAUUGAAGGUCUUUUAUAGAAACCAAACUGCAGAAUAUUUUCAAAAUGUCAGGGAGAAGUGGGGUUGUGUGAUGCUUCCAUCCAUAAAAGAUGAGAGUGGAAGCCAUGGUUCACCUAUCAGUGGGACACUCAAUGGGAUAUUCUUCUGCUGCAACACAGAGUUCAACACAGGCCUUCCCCCAAAUGACUCGCCAUAUGGUCGCUUGCGACUUACUGUUCCUGCUAGCCACCUCUUCCAUGAGGGCACUCACCUGUACUUUGCAGACUUCUACUGCAUGUACAGUGCAUACCACUAUGUUGUACUAGUGUUGGCACCUCAAGGGUCACAAGGAGAUGCAUUUUGCAGUGCCCGUCUGCCCUUGCUGGAUCCACAGAACAACCCAUUCCUAACCUGGGGGGAGGAUGGCAGGUACUGGCAUGCACAAGAUUUUAUCCUGGAAGUAAUAUACACAGAACCAGUACCAUUAGGGUGGGGGCAACUUGCAGAGAUCACAGGUCAUCAGUUGAUGAGCCUUUCUACUGCUAAUGCCAAGAAAGAUCCUAGCUGUAAGGUGUGUAAUAUCAGUGGGGGACGCUAAGGAGUGACAUUAUUAGUUGGAGGGGGGGGCAGCAAGUGAUAGACAAUCAGUGAAUAAAUAGGGAUAUGAUACAUGGAAUAGGGUGUCAGAAAUAAUGGUGGUGAAAGUAACAGUAAUCUUUGUAAUUAUAGUUUAUAUUAUUUAGACAUAAUUAGCAUUGUUAUCACAAUGUAAGAAUGUGAAGCUUUGUCAAAAACACUGGCAUAGUUGGAUAUGCACCUUACCCUGCGACAUCAUGAAUGUAUAUAUACACCUAGCAGGGUAAUGUCACCAUGGAAUGUACUGAAAUCUGUCCAAGAUUAACUAUUUUCCUGCCAGGGACCAACAACCCUGAAGCAGAAUAAAUUUUGAUUAUGCUGGCAUUUUAUCAGGGGCUUAUAGUGGCCAAGUAUGCAAAAUGAGAACAGAUUUUCAGCUUUAGCAGUAUUAGUGUGUGGGUGUAUGCAAAUCUGUAUAACACUGGUAGUUUAGUAUGUAUCAUUACUGAGCAGUGUGCAUCAUGAUAUUAACAAUCCUUAACUGUAUUUGAGUUAAUGUGCUCUUUAUGUGAAUCAGAUAAUUUUGCACCCUUGAUGUUUGGGUAUAUUCAUUUUGACAAUAACAAUUCCAGCAAUCUCAUCUUUUAAGCUUUUCUAUAGUGUUGUGAUAACAAAUCUUUAUACCAAUAUUGAAAUAUAUUUUUAAAGGCACAAAAAGGAUAAUUAUUAAGAAAGUUUGUAAAGUUUAUUAGCAGCCAGCCUGUCAAAUGUCUGUAUAAAUGCAUUUUUCAAAGCCUGGGAAAGAUUGGGUGUGGGUAGAAAGUGAGAACAAUAUAUGGUUAACCACUUAGAUUCAAAGAUCCAGCAACCAUACAGCACCUUAUAUAUUUUAUGACAUUCUUGUGUAAUGAAAAUGGUAUGUAGGAUUUCAAAGCCAUCCAAAUUUUGUAUGUUUCAUAUUUUGUUUUAGGGUAAAUGUACGUGAAAUGUAAGCGUUUGUUAAGUGGGGGGUUGUAUAAUUUACUAAAUACUGGGUAUACAUGCAUAUGUUGUACUUGUGUCAUAAUUGUAAAAAUAAAAUAAAUAUCUGCUGUCUCACAGUGGUGUAUUUAACAUGGAAA